GGGCCGGCAUGAACCUCGGCUUUCCGCGCGCCAUUGCAUUUCCCAAACGGUCGUCAUCAGCUACUACUUUUUGGUCUUCUUCAGCCCCAAACGCGUCCUCCAGUUUCAUCAAUUUCUGCUCUUCCACAGAAAAGGGGCUUGAUCUCAAGAGGAGGGAGAUACAACAUAUACGAAUAUGGCUAUUCGUGAGGAGCUUGUCGCUUCGGCAGCGACGUUCCUGCAAGACCCCAGCGUCGCCGCGUCCCCGAUCGAGAAGAAGGUCGCCUUCCUGCAAGCAAAGAACCUGACCCAGGAAGAGGUAAACGCUGCCCUCGCUCGCGUCGGUGCUGGCGUAGCGCCGCCACAAGCAUACACAUCCCAGGCCGUAGUCCCAGCACAACAGCAACAACAACAACAACAACACCAACCACCCCAACAGUACUACGGGCAGCAAUACCCCCCACAGCAGCAAUACCCCCCAUACGGAUGGCAACCACAACCACAGCAGCAAACCGUCCCACCUCGGCGUGAUUGGCGUGACUGGUUCAUAAUGGCUACCGUCGUCAGCGGCGUCUCCUACGGCCUCUUCUCCCUAGGGAAGCGCUACGUCUACCCCCUCAUCGCCCCCCCAACCCCCGAACGGCUGGAGCGAGACAAGAAAUCCAUCGACGAGCAAUUCGAAAAGACGUUUGCCUUGGUGGAGCAGCUGGCCAAAGACACGGAAGCCCUCAAGGCCGCCGAGACGGAACGCACCGAAAAGCUCGACACGGCCCUCAACGAACUCGAGACGGUGAUCGGAGACCUCAAGUCGGCCAACCGCCGCCGCGACGACGAGGCGCAGCGGGUUAGGGAUGACGUCCAGAGCCUCAAGGACUCGAUCCCCCGCGCGUUGAACAACCAAAAGGACCUCACUGACACCAGGCUGAGGGAGGUCAAUGCUGAGCUCAAGAGCUUGAAGACGUUGAUCACGCAGCGGAUGAACCCGACUGCCACUUCGACCAGUGUGAAUAAUUAUCUUCGCCCGUCCACCGGCGGAACCACUCCUGCUGCUAGCCCGGCUGCUGUGACGCCCGCGGCCCCGGCUACGGUUGAGAAUGGGGAUGAGGCUCCCAAGACUACGACGUAUUCGGAUUAUUUGACUGGUAACCACAACCGGACCGGUUCCGCUUCUGCCUCGUCGCCUUUUAACAGCGGGAUGACGGCCAAGGCGUCGAUUCCGGCUUGGCAAAUGAUGGCUUCGAAGAAGGGUGCUGCUGCUGCGGCGGCGGGGCCGUCGUCGUCGUCGUCGACGGAGGGUGGUGAGGCGGCGGCAGCGGCGGGGGGGAGCAGUGGGAACAGCACUGAUACCCCUGCUGCGAGCUCGUAGAGGGGGCGAUAGGGGUGCUGGGGUGGAUGCCAUAAGAGGAAGUGGAGGAGGAGGAGGAGAAGAAGGAGGAGGAAGAGCCGGCGACAUGUCGCUGGCAGCAUGUGAUGAGGAGGAUCAACAGUUGGAUAUAUGAUUACAGUAACAUUAUACUACAGCAUUGGAGUGUUUUUUUCGCUCAAACAUUUUGUCGCAAAUAUUUCGCAGCGGGCAUUAUUAGGUUUUUUAAGCAUCUGGUCAUCUCAUGAGAUGUGAUUCAUGUCGGGGCAAUUGUGAUGGAUAGUGCUGUUUUGACUUAUGCAGGUUGGUAUGGUUCUCUGGCUUCUUCUCCGGACUCGCGGGCUGUUAUAAGAGUGCGGGUGUCCCCCCUCGAUCGACUCGACAUCAACAAACAAACAAACGGAGGAGGGAAGCAUUUGACCCGACAGUUUGGACAGGUGUGGGGAGCGAACGACAAAUGGCACCACAUUGGCAUUGCGGGAAGCGGGAGGUGC